CUUUGUUUAUUUUUUACAUCUUUGAAAAAUCAUUUUUACAGUGUAUGUUUGGAAGGAAAUGAGAGUGAAUAAAUAAACUCUUAGAAGAAUGGCUCAUCAAUGACACAUAGAUUCAGAAUAUUACAAUCAAAUAUUUAUUCUAAUUUAAAUAAACGUUAACAUGCAAAACAGAAUUGGUGUCAGACGAAUGUAAAUUAUGUCUAUAAUAAUUCGAUAAUUGCAACAGAAUUCUGGAACUGAUUUAUUUUAUUUUAUUUUUUACAUUUUUGUACAUUUAUUUGACCAAUUAAAAACCACCACUGAUUUACAAUAGAACAGUUUUGGGUAAGAAUGUCAUUUUGCCUGAGAAUAGGCCCUGUUGGUUUGGCUGCACCAGUAAAACCUUGUGUUACUUUCUGAAACGAAUACUGUUAUCUCUUCAUCCUUCUGAUAAGUAUAGGAUAAGGUGAGAAGAUAAGUUCUGUUCAAGGAGGUGAGGAGUCUUGGCCAAAGCUCCUCCCUUGUCUUAGAAGAUGACAAAUCAGCAUUCUAAAGAGAUGGUCAACCUAAGGCUGCCCUCAGUUCUCUCUCCAAGAGACACUGUCCCGGGACGACUUUAAGUAGAGAUAGUCAGGCAGGGAUGAAGUUUUCACCAACUCCUGUUCCUAAAUCCUUGUUAGACAUGGAUGUAGCCAAUUACUGCGAGGGCCUGGACCCGACCUAUAGCACAUUGGGCUUUGAGAAUGCAGAAGUGCUUUAUUGUGGUGAAAACAUGCCGACAGAGCCAAACAUCAGUCAAGCAGAAAAUGGCGUGAGCUCCAACUGUGCAAUCUGUGGUGAUAAAGCCACAGGUAAACAUUAUGGCGCCUCCAGCUGUGAUGGAUGCAAAGGCUUCUUCCGCCGGAGCAUCAGAAAGAGUCACGUCUACUCCUGCAGGUUUAAUCGUCAAUGUGUUGUUGAUAAAGACAAAAGGAACCAGUGCCGUUUCUGCAGACUUCACAAAUGCUUUCGAGCUGGAAUGAAGAAAGAAGCCGUGCAAAAUGAGCGGGACCGUAUCAGCUCGAGGAGGAACAUACAAGACUCACAUGACCUGCCACCAAUCACGGCCCUGGCUCAUGCUGAAGCUCUCUCGCAGCAGCAGAUCAACGCCGCCAGCCAAACGGGCCCUGCUGAUGUUUCAGAGAAAAAAUCAGCCACUAUCAGUGACGUCUGUGAAUCUAUGAAGCAACAGCUGCUUGUUCUGGUAGAGUGGGCUAAAUACAUCCCAGCCUUCGGCGAAUUGCCACUUGAUGACCAGGUUAGUUUAUUACGAGCUCAUGCUGGGGAGCAUCUUCUGCUUGGCGUGGCUAAGAGGUCAAUGCCAUACAAAGACCUCUUGCUUCUAGGAAAUGGCUGCAUUGUCCAUCGAAACUGCCCUGAGCCAGAAAUAGGUCGUGUAUCUGACCGAGUCUUGGAUGAACUGGUUCUUCCCUUCCAGGACAUCCAAAUUGACGAGAAUGAAUAUGCAGCUCUAAAGGCCAUUGUGUUCUUCGACCCUGAUGCCAAAAGCUUAAGAGACCCCUCUAAGAUCAAGGCGAUGCGCUAUCAGGUUCAAAUGAGUCUGGAAGACUACAUUAAUGACCGGCAGUAUGACUCGCGUGGGCGAUUUGGGGAGCUUUUGCUGCUGCUUCCUACUCUGCAAAGCAUAACCUGGCAGAUGAUUGAGCAGCUACAGUUUAUCAAGCUAUUCGGUCUUGCCAAGAUAGAUAACCUGCUGCAGGAGAUGCUUCUUGGGGGUCUGACCACAGAGCAACCUCACUUACAUCACAAUGGUCACCCUCAGGUUCCAGUAAUGGGACAGACCAUAGUCAUUAGCUCCAUCCCAGGACCUGCACACUCACAGCAGAUGGCUUCCCCAGAUACCCCCAUUCCAUCUCCCACUUCAGGACAGAACCAGGAGGCCUACCAGCCCCCCGGCAGCCCGGCUCUCCUGCUCCAGCCACAGCCCAUGCCAAACAGACCCUCUCCUGAGCCUCCCCUUUGAGUCUGCUAUCUGCUACAGUCACUGUAUGUUUGUAUAUGUGUAAAUUGUGUGAGUUAUGCCCUUCCCCACAUCCAGUGCAAAAUAUUUAUCUGAUCAAAAAGGGAACUUUUCAAACAAAUUCCAAAUUUAUCCUAAAGUGGAUCACCACUAAUUGAAAAAUGUAUUUCAUUAAAGCAUCUGUCAUGCUGGCAGACCUGGGUUUCUCCUUGUAUCAGCCUACCGCUGGUAACUUAGUAAAUGUGGACAAUAUUUGUUUAUUAAUAACAAAUUAUCAUCAGUUACAAGGUACUUAUCAACAUUUUUGUAUUAAUAAAAAGUCAAGAUAUAAUUUAUUAACAAAAUUAUACUAUGCAACUCUAAAGAGAUUUUAAUUUUAGUUUGAAAAUGUGACCUUAAACACAAUAAAUAAAUGCUCUUA